AUGUUCAGUUAUACCAACCUUUUUAAUUUUUUUUGUCUCUUUGUAUGUAUGAGGAAAUCCAAAACAAAUAAACAAUCUGCAGGUCAAAAACGUUUCGUUUGUGGUUCACUUGGACCAACCAACAAAACUCUCUCAAUAUCACCAUCGGUCGAGAAACCGGAAGAUAAACACAAAAAGUGCAAAGGAUCCUUUUUUCCAGCGUUUCCUGAGCUUGUCAAUGCAUACAGUGAACAGGCUCGUGCUUUACUGGAAGGUGGGGUGGAUGUGCUUCUUGUCGAGACCGUAUUCGAUACAGCAAAUGCUAAAGCUGCUCUUUUCGCUAUCAGAACACUGUUUGAGGAAGAAGGCAUUCCUGAGGUUCCAGUUUUUCUCUCCGGCACAAUUGUUGAUCUCUCGGGACGCACACUUUCCGGACAAACAAGUGAGGCAUUCCUGAUCAGCACGCAGCACGGUCAGCUGUUCGCGGUGGGCCUGAAUUGUGCUUUGGGUGCUCCCGAAAUGCGACCAUUCAUCCAAACAAUUGGCGCUGCCACCACUGCUUGGGUCAUCUGUUAUCCGAAUGCAGGUUGA